AUGAUGGCUCCCUUCGGGGUUUUUGACACAGACAUUCAUAUCGUCUUGCUUUCCUUCAUCGCUACUGGUAUUCUCUAUGAAUAUAUCCACGGUUACUUGGAGCGAAAGCUUCCCAAAUGGGAUUGCUUUCCCGAAACGCUGCGUAACCGGAUGUGUAUCGAGAUUGCCUGUAUUCCUGUCCGAAUCGGCCUCGUCUAUUUCUCUCUGCCUUCGGUAGUAUUAGUUUUCACGCCAGCCUCUAACUGGACGGCUGUUGAUACUCAGCGCUCAUUGACCGCCUGCUCCUUGAUGACUGGCGCCUAUCUAUUUGACCUGAUGAUCUACAGGGAAGAUGUCUUUGGCGUUCUCCAUCACUGCAUGGGACCAGCACUGCUCCUUUGGACACGCCUGUGCUUCUCAUCUUUCAGUUCAGCCGAUGCCCUGGUUUCCCGCAGCCUCAUGAUGUUCGUCUUUUUUGGCGCAGCGACGGGCGGUGUGUUUGCCAGCGCUGGAGUCUUUGUACUGCGAGUGGGAAAGAGAUACUUGGAACGCGGCACCCUCCACAGAUAUUUCGCACUCUGUGUUGCAGGCUUAACUGUCACCACGGUGCUCAGCUGCUAUCUUAAUGUUCUCUACUUCUUGCACACAUGGGAUCAAGCUUACGCAUACUUCGGGCUGGCCGUCCCACUUCCCAUCAUUUGGGAGACUUUUGAGUGCUACCUGCAGUGGCGAUGGCUGCUCCGCUUCUACAGCAUCGAAGACAAGCUGCGGAGAGGAGAUCGCAGGUCGAAAGACUUCUCCGACGAGUCUGAUCAUAAUUGCCAGGUAGCUGACAAUAAGCACGAGAUACCAUCAGCGUUCCCCCGCGGAACGGUAUCUGCGUUGCGAUUGCUUGUUUGUCAAUGGGUGUUGCUACUGUGCUACCUCUACUUCAAGUGUGUGCGGGAGCUGUACUAUUGCUGGUCAACUGCAUCGGCACAAUUGGCCUACCGGGUGGAAGCUGCUUCCAAUAACAGCUUGGAGUGGUAG